AUGUGGAGGCGAUGGGCGGCGCCACAGUGCCAGCGUCGACUGAUCCAUACCAGUCCAACAUCGGGCCAGAGAUUCCCCAAGGUCAUUGAUAUCGAAGACGCCACUUGUUACAGACGACACCCGGCACCAGACGAUACACCGGAAUCGAAUCCGCCCCUGUUUCUGAACUUGUCAUUUCGAUUGUACAAAGACAAAGUUCCAUAUGGGAGAUUGGCUGGUCAAGAAGAGCAUUGGGCGAUUCUGUCUCCAUCAUCCUUAGCCCGGACGACUCUUCUUCAAAUCCUAGGCGGACAGCACAUAUGCAUCCCACCUACCGCCCGCUCAUAUCCGGCCCUUUCUGAAAUCUCAAAGUCACCACAACAUGCGAUCCGAUAUGUGGGGUUUGAUGCGGAAAGAGGGAGCAGCGUUGGAGGAAGUAAUGUUCGUGGGGCGUAUCUCAGCGCGAGAUAUGAGAGUCGGCGAGAGGAGACCGAUUACUCUUUGAUGGACUACCUUACCGGUCAUACUGAAUUGAAUGCCUUGGAACAUGUCCUCUCGCAGAGUGAUAAGGCCAUCCUCGAUGAAGCCAUUCAAAAGCUCGACCUCCAAUCGCUUCUGACAAUGCCAGUGGCAAAUCUGAGCAACGGCCAAACACGAAGAGCUCGCAUAGCCAAAGCUCUGAUGGCACGCCCAGAAGUCCUCCUCCUCGACGGGCCCUACAUGGGAUUGGACCCAAACACUCUCUCCAAACUCGAUACCGUGCUAUACGACCUCGCAGAACGACAAUCCCCUCGACUCGUCUUAAGCCUGCGACCUGAAGACGGCGUCCCCGACUGGAUCACACAUCUAGUCGUCACAGAUGAUACUUUGCAAGUGCUACAGCAAGGAUCUAAACAUAAUCUGUUCGAGAAAUCUACCAACUCAACCUCGAACCGAACAUCCCAUCAGAUCCUCCGCGCCGCCUCCCAACCCCACAGCACUACCACGACCCUCAGCAAAGACGCCUUCCCACGCACCUCACCACCUUCACCACCCGGCGAACCCCUCGUCGAACUAUCCGGGGUCAAAGUAUCCUACGGCUCCAAAACCGUCCUAGGAGACUGGCAGCAACCAGAACAAUCCACCCCAGGCCUCCACUGGACCCUCCACCGCGGCCAACGAGCCGGAAUCUUCGGCCCCAACGGCAGCGGCAAAACGACCCUCCUCUCCCUCCUAACCUCCGACCACCCGCAAACCUAUGCCCUCCCCAUCAAACAUUUCGGCCGCUCGCGCCUCCCAGACCCGUCCUCCAACGAGCCAGGCAUCUCCCUCUUCGACAUCCAACGCCGAAUCGGCCACUCCUCCCCCGAAAUCCAUGCCUUCUUCCCCAAGAACCUCUCCAUCCGCCGCGCCAUCGAAUCUGCCUGGUCCGACGCCCCUCUAGCAAAACCCCACCUCACCGCCGACGCCGACCGCCGCGUCGACGCCAUCCUGCGAUGGUUCGCCGCAGACCUCAACCCCAGCCACUCAGAAAACCUCAUCCCAACCCUCGAAGCAACCUACCACAAACCAACCCACCAAACCAAAUCCACCACCCGCCUCGAAGCCGCCCAAACCUACCACGACGACAACUUCCACUCGGAUGCAGAUCUGCUCUGGGCGGACAGCACCCCCUUCCGCACGUUACCCUUCUCCUCGCAACGCCUGGUCUUGUUCCUGCGAAGCAUAGUCCACUCCCCAGACCUCGUAAUCCUCGACGAAGCGUUCAGCGGCAUGGACGAAGACGUGCGGGAUAAAGCGUUGCUUUUCCUCUCGCAUGGCGAGACGAUCAAAGCCGUCGAGAGCGUGCUGCAGAGAUUGGGCAAAGUCACGUUGAUGGGACUGAAUGAGAGGCAGGGCUUGGUGGUCAUUAGUCAUAGUAAAGACGAUGUGCCCGGGUGUGUGAGGGAGUGGAUUUGUUUACCCGAGCCUGGAGAGGGGAGGACGCCGCGGAUGGGGAGGUUGAAGGGCCCGUUGGAGUUGAUGAGGGAGGGGUGGGGGGAGAUUUGGGGGAGCGGUGUAUGA